UAUAAUAUUAUAUAUGUUGAUAAUUGUUAAGAUAUGCUCUUAAUUAGUCAAAAUAGCUGGCUGCUAUGUACCUUUAUAUAUAACAUCAUCUCACCCAACCUACCCUUUUACCUUAAGCCAGGGAUUCCUACAAAUUUUUUGUCUUUGCAACUUCCCUUAAUUAGUGAAUAAGCUAUUAGGGUGUGGGUGUUGGUGAUUUUGAUUGUUGUUUCUCAAAUCUCAACCAACAUAGCUACCAAUCGAUGGAUCCAAAUUAUCCUAUAGGCGGCAGUGAUGAUUUCAUGAACAGCUUCCAAAUUGGUGAAGAUGGCACCAUAAUAUUCUCUGAUGAUCAAAAUCAGUUUUAUUAUGAUGCCAACCAACACCUUGAUCCUCUUUACCAGCAUGUUGCAGACCAACUUUUUGAUGAAUUUCCUCAGUACACAAGCUAUGUGGAAGAAGCUGCAGCUGCUCCUGUUGCCUCCACCGCGGUGGAUCCUUCUGUUGAGGACGCUGAUUUCUCAGAAACAGCAAAGUUUAUAACACAAGUUCUCAUGGAAGAGGGUGUUGAACAAAGGCCAUUCUAUGACCCUUUCAGCUUGAAUGCCACUGAGCAAUCCUUCUAUGAUGCUCUUAACGAUGUUCUCAUAGACAACAUCAACUUGCCACUCUCCCCCAAUGAACACCCUCUUGAUGUUCAUCAUCAAGGUGGAACAACCAGCAGCAGCAGCAGCGGCAGCAACAGUGGCAACAACAACGACAAUCAAAACAAUAACAACCCUGUUGAUGAGAACUCUAGCGAGUUUCUGAAGCCUUCUGUUUCUCCUGAUACCUUUACCUCUGGUGAUCAUCCUUUUCAGUUUAACUCCCAUGCCAUUUCUCAACAUGACUCGAAUGCUUCCUAUGUUACUAAUUUUGGUGUGUAUGAUGUGGAUACUUCUUUUACCAAGUUGUUGGCUCAAAAUAUUUUCAGCGACUCAGAUUCUGUCUCCCAGUUCAGGAGAGGCUUAGAGGAAGCUAGCAAGUUUCUUCCUCCGGGACCUCAGCUUGUGACUGGUUUUGAGACCACACCGGCUGUCGCUGUGCCUAUAGACGAACUAAAGGGAGAUAAAGCCGUUGGGUUAAAGGGCAGAAAGAAUCAUGAACGUGAAGAAUGGAGUGAUGAUACAGAAGAAGGGAGGAGUAACAAGCAUUCGGCAACUAGCAGUGUAGUUGAUGAGAGUGAAUUAUCUGAAAUGUUUGAUAAAGUAUUGCUUAGUAUUGGUGCCCCAAUGUGCUUUCCAGUAAACAAUGAAGUAGAGAAAGCUUCUAAUCCCUCAACCUCUAAUGGAGGGAAGGGUCGUCCUAAGAGACAAGGGAAGAAGAAGGAAACCAUUGAUUUGAGGACCCUUUUGGUUCUGUGUGCACAAGCUGUAUCUGCUUGUGACAACAGGACUGCCACUGAGCUUCUCAAGCAAAUUAGGCAGCAUUCGACUCCCUCUGGGGAUGCAACGCAAAGAACGGCUCAUUACUUCGCCAAUGGCCUUGAAGCACGCUUGCAUGGUGAUGGCACUGGAACACAAGGAUUCUACACCUAUGUCAGCACCAAGAGGCUAAGUGCUGCUGAGUUUUUGAAAGCUUACAAGGUGUUCAUGAGUGCCUGCCCUUUUUCGAAGUUUGCAAAUUUCUUUGCAAACAAGAUGAUAAUGAAAGCUGCUCAAAAUGCAGAAACACUUCACAUCAUUGAUUUUGGUAUCUUAUAUGGUUUCCAGUGGCCAAUUCUGAUUAAGUUCCUCUCAGACAGAGAAACUGGACCCCUCAAGAAGCUGAAGAUCACAGGAAUAGAGUUUCCCCAACCUGGUUUCCGUCCUGCAGAAAGACUUCACGAGACUGGUCGUCGUCUUGCUAACUACUGCGAGCGUUUCAAGGUUCCCUUCGAGUAUAAUGCCAUAGCAUCAAGGAACUGGGAAACCAUCCAGGUUGAAGACCUUAAAAUUGAGAGCAAUGAGUUUCUUGCUGUGAACUGUCAUAAGAGGUUUGAGAAUUUGAUGGAUGAAACAAUUGAAGUGAACAGUCCUAGAGAUGCAGUGUUGCAGUUGAUCAGGAAGAUAAAUCCGGAUAUUUUUGUUCAGGCCAUUGUUAAUGGAUCUUAUAAUGCACCUUUCUUUGCCACACGAUUCAGGGAGGCACUGUUCCAUUUUUCUGCAAUUUAUGACAUGUGUGAUGCUGUCAUCCCCCGUGACAAUGAGAAGAGAAUGAAGAUUGAGAGAGAGAUUAUAGGCCGGGAGGUUUUGAAUGUUGUGGCGUGCGAAGGUUUUGAAAGGAUUGAUAGGCCUGAGACAUACAAGCAAUGGCAGGCUAGGAAUACAAGGGCUGGUUUCAAGCAGCUUCCCUUGAAUGAGGAGCUAAUGGCCAAAUUUUCAGCCAAGUUAAAGGAAUGGUACCACAAAGACUUUGUCUUCGAUGAGGAUGGCAACUGGAUGCUUCAAGGUUGGAAGGGCCGCGUCUUAUACGCUUCCACUUGUUGGGUGCCUGCAUAGUGAGUUGCCACUGUCCUCUUGGUCUUGUUUCGGAACUCAUCCUAGACUCUUUAAGGUUCUGGUAAUCCUGGUUUGGUCUAUUAGCUUAACCUUGAGGUAUUGUGACUAUUAUUCAUCCAAGCUUUGCACAAAAAGCUACUCUGUAUAAUUAAUGGCUGCACUUCCUUUGUAGAAUUGAGACUCAUCAAUAUAAUGUAAUGAAGCUCUGUAAUGAUAUUUGAGGAGGGUAUAGCAGAGUCAGAAAGCCCUUUAAGCAUGUUAGAGCUAAAAUAUUUGCAAUGAGAACAUUCUGAGAUAUUUUCUCUCUGA